GAGAGCGUGAAGGUGCUGCGGCUGACGCUGCCCCGUGACCUCCCGGGCGAGCGGCGGGAGCAGGUGAAGCAGAAGGUUGGUGUCCCCUCCUUUGCCAUGGUGGCCAACAGAUCCAGCAAUGGACACUCCCUGGCCUCGGAAUGCAUCAAGUCCAACGAUGGAGACGAGGAGAUCAUCAAGGUUUACCUCAAGGCCCGAGCCGAGGGCAGCAUGAACCACGAGGAACACGUCAGCCAGCUGAAGGGUGAAGUUCGCUACAUCCAGGAGGCUAGAAAUACUCUGAAGAAGCUGAGAGAAGACUUAAGUAGUAAACUUGAGAGCAGCCAAGGAGCUAACGAGCACACACAGGUCAUGCUGGAGAAGCAGAACGGGAGCUGGUCCUACCCCGAGCGGCUGCGUGGGGAUUCAUGGGAGGAGCAGGAGGAGGAUUGCUCAGGUGAGGAUGUGGAGCAGCUCCGUCAGACGGCCAAGAGGCUCUUCAUGAGGUUGCAGGAGGCUGAGAAGCAACACCAGUUGGAGAGAAAAGCCUUUGAGAGGACAGUCACACAGUACCAGGAGGAGGCAGAGCGGUCGAACUCUGCCCUGCAGAGAGCAGAGAAGAACGUGGUGGAGAAGGAGAUGCAGGUGGAUGAGCUGCAGAGACUCCUGGCUGGGAUGGAGAAGGAGCACAGGAGUUUGCUGGUGAAGAUGAAAGCUGGAGAGGCCGAGCUGGAGCGGCUCCGAAGCGUGGAAGGGGACAAGCUGGCCCAACAGGACCGGUCAGCAGAGCUGGAGAAGGAGGUGGCCAUGCUGAGGGAGAAGAUCCAUCACCUGGAUGACAUGUUGAAGAGCCAACAGCGCAAAGUCCGACAGAUGAUCGAGCAGCUCCAGAACUCCAAAACAGUGAUUCAGGCCAAGGAUGCUGUGAUCCAGGAGCUGAAGGAGAGAGUGGCUUACCUGGAGGCUGAGAACCUGGAGAUGCACGACCGCAUCGAGCACCUGAUCGAGAAACAAGUCAGUCGUGGUGGACACAGCUCCAGGACACGCUCCAAGUCAGAGUAUGUGAGCAGCAAAAGGCUGACAGGCCCCAAGCCGCUGCCUCUCAUCCGAGUGGUGGAAACAUGA